AUCGAAUUGGGAAGUUUAUCCAGUUAACUUCGACCUGGGGUAGACUUGGGUGGAAGAAACCGGGCGGGCAGGAGCACCGCCAGGGACGCGUUUGCUGUCCCGCGGACUCGCACAGCGUUGCCCGCAAUGGCUCUGUGGGCGCCAGGUGAAGCCGAGCUCCAAGACAAGGUGUGCUACCCACUCGAGAGGUUCCAGAGCACCCCCCAACAACUGGCUGCUUACUACCCGCCUUUUUCUGCCUAUGGGCACUACAGGAGUGCCUUGUCUAGCACCGAGGAGGAUUUCCAGCCGCUAGGGCGUCUGGAGGCAGCGGUGUCUGCAUCCCAGGGGCUGACUCCUUUCCCCCUCCCGAUGGCAUCUCCCUUGUUGACCUCGGAUCUGGCUCUACAGAGGGAGCCACUCUAUGAUCUGACUUGGUACAGCAAGAUGUCACUGUGGUACCCAAUUCCUCACCUCCCCAGGGAGGUGCCACACUUUCCGAGUAGCCAAGAGUACUCCAGUGCCAGCAACGAAGAUUUGGUCCCCGUUGGUGGCCCCAGCGACAGUGGCCAGGGUUGUGGACCUGAUACUUCAAUUCCGCCGCUUCCUAAGGAGGCCUCCUUGUUAUCGCAGGGGCAGAAGACCUCCCAGUUAGCAUCUCGGUCCCCCAGCAGGAGAUUUGAGGAUGGUCCCAAACAGCUAGACCCAGAAGGGAAAUCACCUCCUCCUCCUUGUUUCCACUUCACGAAGGAGGACCUACACUUCGUUCUUUAUGGGGUUACUCCCAGCCUGGAACAGCCAGCCCGCUUCCACUAUGCGAUUUCCGACUUACUCAUCCCCGCAGACAGUUCUGGGUCUGAUCAUAUUCCUCAAGUUCUGGAUAAAGACUCCAUUCAGCUUCCAGAAGGUCUCUGCAUCAUGCAGAUGAUGUUUGGUGAAAUUCCACAUUUUGGUGUGUUCUGCAGUAGCUUUAUUGCCAAAGGAAUCAGGUUUGGGCCCUUUGAAGGUAAAGUGGUCAAUGCCAGUGAACUCAAGACCCACGGAGACAAUUCUCGGAUGUGGGAGGUCUUUGAAGGUGGUAAUUUGAGCCACUUUAUAGAUGGAAAAGGUACAGGGAAUUGGAUGACCUAUGUCAACUGUGCCCGAUUUCCGAAGGAGCAGAACCUGGUUGUCAUACAGUGUCAAGGGCAGAUAUUUUAUGAGAGCUGCAAGGAGAUCUACCAGAACCAAGAGCUCCUUGUGUGGUAUGGAGACUGCUAUGAGAAAUUUCUGGAUAUUCCUGUGAGCCUUCAGGUCACUGAGCAGAGCAAGUCGCUAUCUAAUCCUUCUGAAGAUUCUUGCAUAUGUUCUACAUGUGGGAAAUGUUUCUCUCAGUCCUCCAGCUUGAACAAGCACAUGCGAGUUCACUCUGGAGACAGACCGUACCAGUGUGUGUAUUGUACAAAGAAGUUCACUGCCUCCAGCAUACUCCGCACACACAUUAGGCAGCAUUCUGGGGAGAAGCCCUUCAAGUGCAAGUACUGUGGGAAAUCCUUCGCUUCCCAUGCUGCCCAUGACAGCCAUGUCCGGCGCUCUCACAAGGAAGAUGACGGUGGCUCCUGCCUCAUUUGUGGGAGAACCUUCCCAGAUUCAGAUGCUCUUUAUUGCCACAUGCAGUUUCAUGAAAACCUCUCGCCAUCCAAGUGGAGCAGUGUGAGAGUGGAGCACUGAGAACCAAGGACUUGGAUGCCCUCCUUCUGGUUCUUGUUAGGGGUGUGUCAUAGGAACAACUGGUCAUCCUAUUGAACUGGCCUAUCUGCUGAACUUACCAGAAUAUUGACGGUGGCUUUUGCCGAAAGGACUUUUCACAAUUGUUCAUGAGACUAGAAUGCUGAUCAGCUUACCUACAAAUAGUGGGAGCUGCAGGGUGACAGUGCCUGGGAGCCUGAAGAUCCAACACAAGCUCCCAGAGUGUCUCUUCAAGUCCCCGCAGCUCAAGGAUGACAGACCGAUUCCUAGGUUUCGUAAUGGAAGAAAAGGAGAUCUUCUCUCUGCUGUUUGCUGUGGGUUCUUGAUUGUACCGUCUGUGGCUGUCAACUGUUGAAUUUCUUCACACAACAAAUUUUCCUAAUAUUCACCCAAGCCAGAACUUCUUCAGAGGUGAAUUAGUCUUUGAUAUUUAUUUAGAUUCAUUUUAAACCUUUUUGUUGUUCCUACCCCUCCCCCACCACAUGAUAAAUGUAUGUUUAGCACCAAACAGAAUUAGAGGGCACAGCCAUUACCAGUUGCAGAAGAAAAAUCAUAGCCAAAUGAAGAAAGUCUAAAAAAAUAAACAUUUUUGUUGCUCUGGCUUUAA